AUGGCUGCCAUGGUCGACGGCCAGGCUGACGGUUCUUCAGACUCUGCCUUGAGAAAAGAGGCCCCCGUCUCGUCGCAGGCGCCUGGCGACAUCCCCAACGGGGGCUUCCGGGCGUGGUACCAGGUCGCUGGCUCGUUCUUCCUGUUCUUCAACUGCUGGGGCGUGAUCAAUGCGUACGGCGUCUACCAGACCUACCACGAGCGUGACCUGCUGGCCUCGCGCAGCCCGUCCGAUAUCGCCUGGGUUGGCUCCCUCCAGGCCUUCCUGCUCGUGCUGGGCGGCGUCGUGACGGGCCCGUCGUACGACGCCGGCUACUUUCGCCAGCUCAUCCUGGUCGGGUCCGUGCUUGUCGUGCUGGGCAUGAUGAUGACUUCCCUCUGCCAGCAGUACUGGCAGGUCAUGCUGGCCCAGGGCAUCGUCAUCGGCCUGGGCUCCGGCUGUCUCUUCGUGCCCAGCGUCGCCAUCUUACCAACCUACUUCUCGACAAAGAAGGCCUUUGCCCAGGGCCUCGCAGCGAGCGGCAGCAGUCUAGCGUUAAUUCGAAGCGCGGGUGGCGUCAUCUAUCCCAUCGUCUUCCGCGAGCUGCAGCCGCGCAUCGGCUUCCGCUGGGCCACGCGCGUCAUCGGCUUCAUCAUGAUCGCCACGCUGGUCGUGCCUCUGGCCGGCAUGAAGAUGCGCGUCAAGCCGGCGGCACGCCGCAAGAUGUUCGAGGCAGCCGCCCGGAAGGAGUGGCCUUUCGUCCUGUUUGGCAUCGGCGAGUUCUUCGGCUUCAUGGGCAUGUAUAUCCCCUUCUUCUAUGUGCAGACCUACGCCAUCGACAACCGCAUCACCGGCGAGAAUCUCGCCUUCUACCUGCUCUCCAUCCUCAACGCUUCCAGCAUCGUCGGCCGUAUCAUCCCCAACUUCCUUGCCGACAAGACAGGCCCGCUGAACAUGCUCAUCCCGACCUCUGCCAUCGCUGCCCUCCUGGCCUUUGCCUGGAUCAGCAUCCACAACACGGCGGGGUUGAUCGUCUUCUGCAUUCUCUAUGGCUUCUUCUCCGGAACCUUCGUGUCGUUGCCACCCACGACGAUCGUGACCCUGUCACCGAAUCUGGGCGUUGUGGGCGUGCGCAUGGGCAUGAACUUCACUCUGGCCGCCGUGGGGCUGCUGGUGGGCACGCCCAUUGGGCGCGGUUCUCCGCCACGGCUGGCCCGCGCUGCAGGCGUUUUGCGGUGUCUGUGUGAGCUUGGCAGCUAUUUCGGUGCUGGGGGCGAGAGUGGCCAAGGUCGGCCUGAGCCCCACGGCCAAGGCGUAACUGGAAUGCCUGGGGAUGCGGAAUUAGGGUUAGGAUGUGCUUGCUAUAUAGGAGAAGGCGCAGGAACUGCAUCUUUUGCUACUGGAAUAUCGUCGUAG